ACUCUGGUCACAUUGCUGAGGCGACCGAAAAGAGAGAAAGAAAUUAGCUCCCGAUAAUUGCAAUUAAUUAUUAUUCAAACUAGCAACAUAAUAUAUCAAAAAUGGAGGUUGAAAGCCCGGAACACACGCGAGAUUUCGCCGAGGUGGACAUCAACAAUGGGGCGCCAUCGGGAUCGGAGGACGAGGAGGAGGAGGUUCCAGCGCCGGGAAGUGUAACUCUGGACAGGAAUGAAAGUGAUCUAUUUGUGUCGGCACUAAGUCCCAGCAGUAUCGGAGAUAUACACCCGCUGCAAGAGGUGCUCACCGACGACGGGGACUACUUCAUCAACAUUGUCAUCUCAGAUCCUCAGAAAAUUGGCGAUGGCAUGGGCUCCUAUUUGGCGUACAAGGUGACGACCAAAACGAAUAUUCCCAAGUUCAAGCGCAGCGAGUUCAGCACUCUGCGUCGCUUCAGCGAUUUCCUGGGCAUCCAUGAUCUGCUGGUGGGCAAGUACAUGCGGCUGGGUCGCAUCAUACCCCCAGCGCCCUCGAAGAACAUUAUCGGGAGCACCAAGGUGAAGAUAAGCCCGCAGCAAAGUGAACCGGGCACUCCGAUGAAUCAGGAAUGGGUUGAGAUCCGCCGGGCAGCUUUGGAGCGAUUUGUCCAUCGCACAGCCCAACAUCCAGUGCUACGCGUCGACCUGGACUUCAUGAACUUCCUGGAGAGCGAUCAGGAACUGCCGCGUUCUGUGAACACCUCAGCUCUCAGUGGAGCCGGCGUCAUUCGGCUGUUCAACAAAGUGGGCGAGACUGUGAAUAAGAUCACCUACAAAAUGGACGAGAAUGACCCAUGGUUCGAUGACAAGAUCACCGAGGUGGAGAGCCUGGAUGCCCAUCUGCAGAAGCUGCACAAUGCCAUGAAAUCGCUGGUCACCUCGCGGCGGGAGUUGUCGCUUCUCACUGGCUUAGUGGCCAAAUCGGCGGCCAUGCUGAGCACCUGCGAGGAGCACACUGGACUUUCGAGGGCUCUAUCCAACCUGGCGGAUGUGGAGGAAAAGAUCGAGCUGCUCCGCUCCGAACAGGCCAACUCGGACUUCUUCAUUCUGGCCGAGUUUAUCAAGGACUAUCUGGGCCUGUUCGGGGCCAUCAAGUGCAUUUUCCAUGAGCGUGUCAAGGCCUUUCAGAACUGGCAGUAUGCACAAAUGCAGUUGUCUAAGCGUAGGGAGAAUCGCGGACGCUUUGAGCUGGCCAACAGAGCGGAUAAGCUGGAUCAGGCCCAGCAGGAAGUGGAUGAGUGGCAGGGCAAGGUGCAGCGCUGUCAGCAGCAGUUCGACGACAUUUCGGCGGAAAUAAAGCGUGAAAUGGAGCGUUUCGAAUUGACCAGAGUUAAAGACUUUAAAGUAAACAUUAUCAAGUAUAUAGAAGACCAAAUGGCGCAUCAGCAACAGAUCGUCAGCUAUUGGGAGGCCUUUGCUCCGUUUGCCCGCGAAAUCGUUUAACUUUUAUUCCGAUUUAAUGCAUUUCCAGAAACUUUUUGAAUAACCAACAGCUACGCGCGCUACGAUCUUAUUCUGCGGGACCAAAUUCGUUCUUGACCCAUCAUUUGUGGAGCUACAAUUUCGCCUUCGCCGCCGCAGCUCGUAUUUUUAUGAAACUGCUUUCGUCGAUUCCUCUCAAGCAUAGAAAAGUUCAACUUUAUCGUUGCAUUCACAAAGCCUAUUUAUCUCCUUAUUCGUACACAGUAAUUAUUAUCAAGGCUUGUAUACAUUCAAAGAAGCUGAAAGGUUUUCACAGUACUCUCAUUCUAAGUAUGCAUUCGGUAUUAUCUAAAACACGGCAAUGUGGAUCUAGUUGUUAGAUGAAUGGCCAUUUCCAAAUUGAAGUUUAUACCAUUAUUAUUGGGAAAUGAUUUUCCCUAUUUAUUGUUGGUAUAUUUAUGUAUUUAUAUAUAUAUUCCUAUUAAAACAUUUUGUAUCAUG